AGAGCAAAGUUCGGGAGGUAUUUUGAAUUUUUUCCCAUUCGUUCUAACUUGUAACAUUUGUAGUUUCAUCUUCAUUUGAUCGCAGGCGAGACAAGAAGAUGGUAGCACAAAAAAUAAGUUACUAGUAGAAGAAGAAGAAAGAAGAAAAGCGAUGACGGUGAUGCAGAAGCUGAGGAUGUUCGUUGUACAAGAGCCUGUGGUCGCAGCUUCUUGCCUCAUCGCUGGCGUUGGCCUCUUCCUUCCAGCUGUAGUGAGGCCCAUCCUUGACUCUUUUGAGACACCCAAGCAAGCACCGCCACCUGCUUUGAAUGAGGUGGUUGCCAAUAUGACUGGUAAAAAGCAGGGCUAACAUGGAGCACUAAUAUGGUUUUUUUUUUUUGCUCUGCAUGGAGAGCUAAUAUGUUAGCAGUGAUAUUCCUUACCAUGUCUCCCCUCUAAAAUUUUGAGUUUUAUCUUGUGAACUACAAUUGUUAAGUAUACUGAUUAUUUCCAUUGUUUGUGUGGCUAUGUCAACCGAUUUUGGUGCUGUUAACACUUCGGGUUCGUAAAGCUAGCAAUUGGUAUUGGAUAA